UGACGUAAUACGCAAAGAAAGGAUAUACACAAUCACAAGAGACGAAGUCAUCGUCUAUUUACAUUUCACAAUCGUUUAUUUUUCAUGUUUAGUUCCGUGUGAGAAAGAAUAUCGUAAAAUACCAACAUGUCUAUGGAUAAACAUUUAUUUAACCUGAAGUUUGCAGCCAAAGAUCUAGAAAGAAAUGCAAAAAAAUGUGAAAAGUCGGAAAAAGAAGAGAAAACGAAAUGUAAAAAGGCAAUGCAAAAGAACAAUGCAGAAGGAGCAAGGAUUCAUGCAGAAAAUGCAAUCAGACAGAAAAACCAGGCCUUAAAUUAUCGCAAAAUGAGUGCCAGAAUAGACGCAGUGGCUGCUAGAGUUCAGACUGCCGUCACAAUGAAACAGGUGACAGGUUCUAUGGCUGGAGUGGUGAAGUCUAUGGAGUCUGCCAUGAGGUCUAUGAAUCUAGAAAAGGUGUCCCAGUUAAUGGACAGGUUCGAGCAGCAGUUUGAGAACUUGGACGUUCAGACCCAGGUGAUGGAUGCCACCAUGAGUAACGCCUCCACACUGAGCACCCCCCAGGGAGAUGUAGACAACCUGAUGCAACAAGUCGCAGAUGAGGCGGGAUUAGAGCUGAAUUUAGAUCUGCCUUCAGCCCAGUCUACAUCUUUAUCGAGUACAGCACAGGCCUCCACAGAACAAGAUGAGCUCUCGCAACGGCUGGCCAAGUUGCGACAGAUGUAGAACAAACUUGACAGCAGCAACAGAAGUGGACAAUUACUGUGAUCACAGGGACUCUCAAACACUGCAAGUCCAAAACAAAACAGACAAGGACAUUUCAAUCCAUUUAUAUCCAAUAUUUUCAGUGUGAACAGAAUUUGUUACUUGUAUCAGUCAAAGCUGUGGGGUGAGGGGCUAGGGGGCAACUCUGGGUCUUGAAACUCUUUUUCCAUUGUAUGGAACUCUUGAGACAUUUUUCUUCCGAGUAUUAGUUAAACAGAUUUUAUUGUAGAUUAAGCUAAAUAUAUAUUUCUGCUGUAACCCAAAUACAGUUGCCCACUGGCCUUGAAAAAUGUGCAUGCACAUUUAUCAGUGCAUUAUGUAAUAGUUUCCAUGAUAUUUUUUAGUUUUGAUUAGUUUCCAUGAUUCAUUGCUGUGUCUAUCAUCAACCACAAGAAAGAAUCUUCCUCCACCGACUCUGAAGAUAAAUUACUGUUUACACGUGGCUUGUUUUUAUUUCACUAGAGGCAAUUAAUUGUUAUUGUUUGACUGUAAGUUAUAUUUUAUGUUUUGUGUAGUAGAACUUUUACAGUCUGUGAGAAUAUUGUGACAUUUUUGUGUAUUCACUCAUUCAUAUUUGUACAGGUAAAUGAUUGAUAUCAAUAUUUGAAUUAAACUUGAUGAAAUAUU